CCGUUACUUCCCCCCCGAUGACGGCAUGGCAUAAAGUCUUUUCGAUUUAUCAGCAACAUCGUAGGUAGGAGUAGAUUUAAAUUAUUUCCUGUUAUGAUUCUUCACCUCAAAUAUAUCGUCUCAAAAUGUUUCGCAGAAUCGCCUCUGUAGCGCCCCGCAGAGCUUUGUCUGCCAGAGGUUCAAUCAUUACCAUUCGACAUUUAUCUACCACAAGUUGUAGGAUGUCUGCAUUGAGAGCUCUCAAUGACCCAAUAUCGAGACCUUUAGCAUCUGAUUCAUUUCAGCUUGUACCAGAGUCGCAGAAGGCCGGGGCCGCCGAAGAUGAAUUAUACGAACAACAAAUCAAGGAGGUGGAAACAUGGUGGAAUAGUCCAAGAUAUGUAGGAAUCAAGAGACCAUAUUCCGCGGCAGAUGUUGUAUCAAAACGAGGAAGCCAACAACAAUCAUACCCAAGUUCAGUUAUGGCCAGGAAGUUAUUCAAUUUAAUAAAGGAGAGGGAGGCGAAAGGGAAGCCAAUACAUACAAGUAAAUAUCAACCACAGAGUUCGGACUUGCAGCAAAUUAUGCUAAUAAAUCCGUAGUGGGUGCUAUUGAUCCUGUACAAAUGACUCAACAAGCUGCUAAUCAGGAAGUCUUGUACAUAUCUGGCUGGGCUUGUUCCUCUGUACUCACAAGCACAAAUGAAGUAUCCCCGGAUUUUGGCGAUUAUCCUUACAACACAGUACCAAAUCAAGUCCAGAGACUAGCAAAGGCGCAAUCAAUGCAUGAUCGAAAACAAUGGGAUGCGAGGAGGAAAUUGAGCAAGGAGGACAGAGCAAAGACACCGUAUACCGACUAUUUAAGGCCCAUUAUCGCAGAUGGAGACACGGGACACGGAGGACUUUCUGCUGUAUUGAAGCUUGCCAAACUAUUUGCAGAGAACGGGGCUGCAGCUGUGCACUUUGAGGAUCAAAUGCAUGGUGGGAAAAAAUGCGGACAUCUUGCUGGCAAGGUUCUUGUGCCCGUGGGUGAGCACAUCAAUCGUUUGGUGGCUGCUAGAUUUCAAUGGGAUGUUAUGGGAUCGGAAAAUUUAGUCAUCGCUCGAACAGACUCUGAGAGCGGUAAACUUCUCAGCAGUGCCAUUGAUGUCCGAGAUCAUGAAUUUAUUAAAGGCGUCGCAGAAGACGGUAUCGAACCUUUAGCAGAGACCUUACAAGCAAUGGAACUGUCUGGAGCUACAGGUGCCGAAAUUGAUAUAUUUGAAGCAGAGUGGGUCAAGAAGACGGAACUCAUGACAUGUGAUGAAGCUGUUGUGAAGCAAUUCAAGGACCAAGGUAUAUCUGAAUCGAGCACAAAUGAAUACCUUGAAGCCACAAGGAAAGACCGGGACAUGUCCAUCACGAGACGAAAGCAGCUAGCUUCGAAAUACAGUAAUAAACCAAUCAUAUUCAAUAUUGACAUACCUCGAACACGAGAAGGCUUUUACCAUCACAAGGCUGGAAUGGAAGCUGCCACCAAACGAGCUAUUCAAUAUGCACCAUACGCUGACCUUCUAUGGGUUGAGACGGGGGAUCCAAACGUUAAGAAUGCAGCACAAUUUUCGGGCGAAAUUCGAACCAAAUACCCAGGUAAAGGACUUGUCUACAAUCUCUCUCCUUCAUUUAAUUGGAUGGGUCAUGGUUUCACUGACGAAACCUUGAAAUCCUUCAUUUGGGAUAUUGCAAAACAUGGAUUCGUUCUACAAUUGAUUUCACUUGCUGGGCUUCAUUCUACUGCAACGGUCACCAAUGAACUAUCAAAGGCAUUUAAAGAUGAUGGUAUGCUAGCAUACGUCAACCUGAUCCAGAGAAGGGAAAAGGAGCUAGGAGUGGAUGUAUUGACGCAUCAGAAGUGGAGCGGUGCAUCGUACAUCGAUGGUAUACUAGGCGCUAUUCAAAGUGGUAGUAGCAGUAGUAAGAGUAUGGGCGAUGGCAAUACCGAAGGACAAUUUGGAGUGUAGUACAUAUGAGAAUACCCAAAAACUUUUGUCCACAUGACUAAGCA